AUGACCCUGUUCCGGCGGAAGCAGCGCCAGGACCUCAACGAGAUCGCGACGCAGCCUUCCGUCUUCGACGACCCGGAGACGGCCAAGCACUUCAAGCCGACGGAGAAGUACGAGAACUUGCAUCGGUUCGACCCGGCCGCGAGGUGGACGUGGGCUGAAGAGCUGCCGCUUAUCAACAAGCUCGACUGGAAGAUCACGCUGUGGGCGUGCAUUGCCUUCUUCGCGUUGGACCUGGACCGAGGGAAUCUUUCGCAGGCUAACACGGAUAACUUUCUGGAAGACUUGGGCCUGUCUACCAAUGACUAUAACCUGGGAAACACCGUUUUCCGACUGGCCUUCUUAUGCGCCGAACUGCCAUCACAGUUGAUCAGCAAGAAGCUGGGACCCGAUCGAUGGAUACCUUCAAUCAUGUGUCUAUGGAGCGUUGUCGCAGCCGCACAGUUCUGGCUGAACAGCAGGGAGACCUUCCUGGCCUGUCGUGUGCUUCUUGGUCUGUUGCAAGGCGGAUUCAUCCCGGAUAUUGUCUUGUAUCUUUCCUACUUCUUCAAAGGCACCGAGCUCCCCUUCCGCCUCGCCCUCUUCUGGACGACCCUCAAAGUCGUCGACAUCGUCGCGCCCCUCCUCGCCUCCGGCAUCCUACAACUCCGAGGCCACCGGGGCCACGAAGGGUGGCGCUGGCUAUUCCUGAUCGAAGGGGUGUUCACGCUCAGCGUGGGCAUCUGGUCGUGGUUCAUGAUGGCGCCGUCGCCGACGCAGACCAAGGCCUGGUACCGGCCCAAAGGGUGGUUCAACGAGCGCGAGGAGACCAUCAUGGUCAACCGCAUCCUCCGCGACGACCCCUCCAAGGGCGACAUGCAUAAUCGACAGGCUGUUGAUCUGAAGAUGUUGUGGAAGUCUAUCACGGAUUAUGAUUUGUGGCCGAUUUAUAUCAGCGGCUUGUUGUUCGGGAUUCCUGUGGGCCCGCCGGACCAGUAUCUAACGCUGAUCCUUCGAAGUCUUGGGUUCGAUACGUUCGACUCCAACGUUCUUUCGAUCCCUAGUCAAGUUAUUGGCGUUAUCACGAUGCUCACCCUGACCUACCUCUCCGAAGUGUGGAACGAGCGUUCAUUGAUGGGCCUAUUUGCACAGGUCUGGAUGUUACCCAACCUCAUCGCCCUCGUCGUACUACCAAGCGUUGCCUCGCCGUGGGUGAAAUACGCCGUGUUGACAGUUCUACUCGGGUACCCCUAUCCCCAUGCGAUCCAAGUCGGCUGGUGUAGCCGCAACUCGAACACCGUCAGAGCGCGAACCGUCUCCGCUGCAGUGUAUAAUAUGUUCGUGCAAGUAUCCGGCAUCGUGUACUCGAAUAUAUACCGUGCAGAUGAUAGACCCGAAUACCGCCGCGCAAACAAACAACUAGUCGCCAUCUGCUCCGCCAACAUCGUCGUCUACUUCCUCAUAAAGGUGUACUACAUAUGGCGCAACAACAAGCGAGACCGGGAGUGGAACGAGAUGUCGCGGGAGCAACAACUCCACUACAUGGAAACGACGACCGACCAAGGGAACAAGAGGAAGGAUUUCAGGUUUGCUCAUUAG